AUGAGUGCCGGUGUGCAAAACGACAAGGGGGUACGAUCUGUACAAAGUGGGGUAGAUCAGACACCGUUAAUUGUCAUCCAGGAGCAACGAUAUCAUCUAAAUCCAUCGAAAUCAAAAUGGAUAAGCAUUGGUCGAGCAUAUCAGUGGAGCUUCCACCCUGUAAUCAAUAUCAGUGGUUUGAAAAACAAUGGCGUUCCGUUAAAUGAAGAAGACUGGUAUGAGAUAUUAAAUCAAGAAGGCGUUAUAACCAAUUUUUUCUUCAGUAAUGAUAUUUUCCAUUCGGCCAGUGCCAACUCCGUCUGUAUCACCUUUGAGAGAUUUCCAGAUUUUCAAACAAUCAAAAUUGAAGAUCGAUGGAGAAACGUCGUUUAUUUGGGUAAGGAGACCGUAUUGAAGCUAUUUCAGUUAGCCCCGCUGAUUGCCUACACCAUUAAUAUGCUGAAAACUCAGGAGUUUAAUAAGUAUUUCAACACACUUGUCCAAGAUGUGCGAACCACCAACAUCGAUGUGCGAGACUUCGUCAUCCAACACAUCUCUGAUUUGCCGCAUUCGGAGAACAUCAGGACUGCUAUGGAACUGGCAUACCAACAUCCAAACUUGAAGGAAUUCAACAAGGCUCCAACGCUGAAAUUUUAUUCAGACUAUCCUAACUAUUCUGUAAAGAAUUUUAAAUUACUUAUCGUGUUUUAUUGA